AUGGCUCCCGCCGUCGGUAUUGACUUGGGUACCACCUACUCCUGCGUGGGUGUGUUCCGUGAUGACCGUAUCGAAAUCAUCGCCAACGACCAGGGUAACCGUACCACCCCCUCGUUCGUUGCCUUCACCGACACCGAGCGUCUCAUCGGUGAUGCCGCCAAGAACCAAGUGGCCAUGAACCCUCACAACACCGUCUUCGAUGCCAAGCGUCUCAUCGGUCGUCGUUACAACGAUGCUGAGGUCCAGGCCGACAUGAAGCACUAUCCCUUCAAGAUCGCUGAUCAGGGUGGCAAGCCCGUCGUCGAGGUUGAGUUCAAGGGUGAGACCAAGCAGUUCACUCCCGAGGAAAUCUCUUCCAUGAUCCUGGUUAAGAUGCGUGAGACCGCUGAGGCCUACCUCGGUGGCACCGUCAACAACGCCGUCGUCACUGUCCCUGCCUACUUCAGCGACUCUCAGCGUCAGGCUACUAAGGACUCCGGUCUCAUUGCCGGUCUGAACGUCCUUCGUAUCAUCAACGAGCCCACUGCUGCUGCUAUCGCUUACGGUCUUGACAAGAAGGGUGAGGGCGAGCGUAACGUUCUCAUCUUCGACUUGGGUGGUGGUACCUUCGACGUUUCUCUCUUGACCAUUGAGGAGGGUAUCUUCGAGGUUAAGGCCACCGCUGGUGACACCCACUUGGGUGGUGAGGACUUUGACAACCGUCUGGUCAACCACUUCGUCAACGAGUUCAAGCGCAAGCACAAGAAGGACCUCACCACCAACGCUCGUGCUCUCCGUCGUCUCCGCACUGCUUGCGAGCGUGCGAAGCGUACUCUCUCGUCUGCCGCUCAGACCUCUAUCGAGAUCGACUCGCUCUUCGAGGGUAUUGACUUCUACACCUCGAUCACCCGUGCCCGUUUCGAGGAACUCUGCCAGGACCUCUUCCGUGGCACCAUGGAGCCCGUUGAGCGUGUCCUUCGUGACGCCAAGAUCGACAAGUCCUCCGUCCACGAGAUCGUCCUUGUUGGUGGUUCCACCCGUAUCCCCAAGAUCCAGCGUCUCGUCUCCGACUUCUUCAACAAGGACGCCAACAAGUCCAUCAACCCCGAUGAGGCUGUCGCCUAUGGUGCUGCUGUCCAGGCCGCCAUCUUGUCCGGUGACACUUCCUCCAAGUCCACCAACGAGAUCCUGUUGCUCGAUGUCGCUCCUCUGUCGCUCGGUAUUGAGACCGCUGGUGGUGUCAUGACUGCUCUUAUCAAGCGUAACACUACCAUCCCCACCAAGAAGUCUGAGACCUUCUCCACCUACUCGGACAACCAGCCCGGUGUCCUGAUCCAGGUCUACGAGGGUGAGCGUGCUCGUACCAAGGACAACAACCUGCUCGGCAAGUUCGAGCUCACUGGUAUUCCCCCGGCUCCCCGUGGUGUUCCUCAGAUUGAGGUCACCUUCGAUGUUGACGCCAACGGUAUCAUGAAUGUCGGUGCCACCGAGAAGGGUACCGGUAAGGCCAACAAGAUCACCAUCACCAACGACAAGGGCCGUCUCUCAAAGGAGGAGAUCGAGCGCAUGCUUGCUGAGGCCGAGAAGUUCAAGGCUGAGGACGAGGCUGAGGCUUCGCGUAUUCACGCCAAGAACGGUCUCGAGUCGUACGCCUACUCCCUCAAGAACACCAUCAAUGAGGGCAAGCUCACUAUCUCCGAUGACGACAAGACCAAGGUCCAGACCAAGGUUGAGGAGACCAUCAGCUGGCUCGACAGCAACCAGACCGCCGAGAAGGAGGAGUACGAGUCUCAGCAGAAGGAGCUCGAGGCUGUUGCCAACCCCAUCAUCUCCGCUGCCUACGGUGGUGCUGCUCCCGGUGGUGCUCCCGGUGCUGCCCCUGGCGGUGCCCGUAGCGCCGAUGAGGUCGAGGAGAAGCCUGAGGAGCUUGACUAA